AUGGCAUUUCCACGACUUACGUCUAGUCAUCAGCCGAACCGGAAAGGAGAAGCCCAUCCAUUGGCUCUUUCCAUUCGCAUAGAAUCCCCACCAUGCGUUCUAUAUGGCUCUGCUACGGAAUCAUCUGGUGCUGUAUUGAGCGGGCUAUUUACUGUGAAGGUCAUAGAUCCCUACAAGAGUAGCGAAGAUAAGUCUUUGAAAACUACCGAAUCAAAUGUGUCGGCUAAGAAUAAGAGUUUAAAAAGAAAGAGCACAUUCGGUUCUGCACUUUCAUCUAGAUUGUCGAACUUAUCUGUCUCGACCUCUAAUAUCUCCCCAUCAACAUCUUCUACUUCUCCGUCUCACUCACCCACACCCGCAAAUUUAAGAAUAAUGGCCGGUUAUACGAAGAUUGCAGUCACUUCGGUAACGCUAACUCUGGUACAAAAAAUUCAUUUUCAUAAGCCCUUUGUGCCCAAUGUUUCAUCCAUACAAACCUGUAUGAAUUGUAGAACGAAGACCACAAAUAUGAAAAGCUGGGAAAUUCAGAAAACUACGCAGGACAUAUCCGUCGGAAAUCAUUCUUAUCCAUUUUCCUAUCUUAUUCCGGGAUCCGUACCAUGCUCUUCAUCGCUGGGGGCUGCGGCUGAAACUCAAGUUAAAUAUGAACUGAUAGCUGUCGUAACAUACAUGGAUCCUUACAGAAACGCUGUUUCUUCUACUCAUUCUACUCCGAGGAAAGAGGGAAGCUCUUCCAAGAAGCAACUAUUGCAACUAGUAAUGCCCAUCGCUGUCACUCGAAGUAUACCACGUGGGCCGGACAAAAACUCUCUGAGGGUCUUUCCUCCUACAGAAUUAACUGCCGCAGCUGUUCUUCCUAAUGUGGUUUAUCCCAAAUCUACUUUUCCGCUAGAAAUGAAACUAGAUGGGGUUUCAUCCGGUGAUAGAAGAUGGCGUAUGCGUAAAUUAAGCUGGAGAAUUGAAGAAACUACGAGAGUUAAAGGGCAUUCUUGCCCAGUACAUAAGCACGAACUCAAACAGCUAGAAGAGCAAGUAAAAAUAAAAGAACUAGAAAAGGGUAAAAAACCACCUAGUCAUAUCAAGCGAUAUGGAGAACUAGGCCCUCAAAUUCGAGUUGCUGUAAACUCUCUAGAAAAUAUGCCAUCACAAAGACUACCAGGUGAGCCCAGAAAUGACCAAGCACUUGGUUCCGCGGCUCCGGCAUCGACCGGUAACAUUGGAUUGGGAGAUGAAAGUCCUGUUAAUGAGGAUGCAGAAGACCAGCCUGGUAGUGAGUUUAUUCAUCCUAGCGAUGACGCUUUACGUCAAGAAUUACUUUCACAGCAACAGCGUGCAAGAGAACAACAACUUCAACAAGAGCUAAAAAAUAAUAGCACUUUAUUUACAGAAGAGGUUCGGAUAAUUUCUAAGGGAGAAAUGAAGAGUGGAUGGAAGACGGACUUUGACAAUAAUGGGAAAAUUGAACUAGUCACAGAAAUAGACUGUAUGGGACUUAACUCUGGGGUCUCCAAUCCUGUAAUGUAUGCAUCAACAGCCAAAGUCCCUACUACAACCAAUAAAAAACCCAACAUCAACGUGGCUUGUGAUAUACAGGAUCCAAAUUUGGGUCUAUAUGUUAAUCAUAUCUUAGCAGUGGAAAUAGUUGUUGCCGAAGAAACAUUACAAUACGCAAAUGGACAGCCCAUACGUAAACUAAACUCCAAAAACAAGAAAGAUAGCAAUAGCAGCGCAAUGAGUGUCCAUAAUCCAGACCAGCGGUUGGCAGAACUAUCUCCAAUGUUUGCUAAUAGAAACACACCAAAAGUACGAUCCGUUGAUCCCGAAGGUAUAACUCCUGUAAGCAGUAAUAAGUCCAACCAUAGUAUUCUUAAAGACAAGGCAACAGGCGGUUCUAACUCUAAUAUAGUUAGUGUCCCCACUGGGGCUGCACGUGUUUUAAGAAUGCAAUUUAGAUUAUCAGUCACAGAAAGGUCUGGACUAGGAAUCUCCUGGGACGAAGAAGUUCCGCCUAUCUACCAAGACGUUAAGCUGCUCUCACCACCAUGCUACGAGCGUUCUGCGAACAACAAAACCAAAAAUAAACUAUAUUCAACAAUGAGCACCCCGAUCGGAUCAGUAGAUGAUUUUGUAGGUAGUAGCGACGAUGAUGAUGGGGAUGAUGACACUCGAGGGACAGAGACCGGUUCUAAUAUAAUAGAAACUCCGAUUGUUCAGAGCAAACUAACUAUCCCGCCAACUGCGCACUAUCAUUCCGCUUCAACCUCACAAAGAUCUCUUACUGCAGUACAGUCACCGCCUUUGGAAAGUGUUGUAAGUGUCCAGGGUAGUGUGCCUUUUCGCGGGCAAGUGUUAACACCCCAUAACACGAGGGAUAUCCGGCUCCAAAACUUUUCUGAUGUUUUAGAUUCCAAUAGAAUCACUCAAUAG